AUGGAGAAACAAAUGACUGUAGAUGCCACCACUACAGAUGUGCCCACUGCAGAUGCCACCUCUACAGACGUGCCCACUGCAGAUGCCACCUCUACAGACGUGCCCACUGCAGAUGCCACCACUACAGACGUGCCCACUGCAGAUGCUACCUCUACAGAUGUGCCCACUGCAGAUGCCACCACUACAGACGUGCCCACUGCAGAUGCUACCUCUACAGAUGUGCCCACUGCAGAUGCCACCUCUACAGACGUGCCCACUGCAGAUGCCACCUCUACAGAUGUGCCCACUGCAGAUGCCACCUCUACAGACGUGCCCACUGCAGAUGCCACCUCUACAGACGUGCCCACUGCAGAUGCCACCUCUACAGACGUGCCCACUGCAGAUGCCACCUCUACAGACGUGCCCACUGCAGAUGCCACCUCUACAGACGUGCCCACUGCAGAUGCCACCACUACAGAUGUGCCCACUGCAGAUGCCACCACUACAGAUUUGACCACUGCAGAUGCCACCACUACAGAUGUGCCCACUGCAGAUGCCACCACUACAGAUGUGCCCACUGCAGAUGCCACCACUACAGAUUUGACCACUGCAGAUGCCACCACUACAGAUGUGCCCACUGCAGAUGCCACCACUACAGCUGAGACUACAGAGCUACAGCGUAGAAUCGAAGCUAGGAAAAGUUUUACGCCUGAUCUAUUGUAA